GUUCUCCUUCUUCUUGAACUCGAGAAUUUCUCAGUCCUUACCCAUCAAGAAAUUCCGAGCUCCGUUCUCCUCCUCUCAGAUCAAUGGAGGAUGCCACGCCUGUCCCACUCCUUCAACAACCUCACCUCAACCUCCCUCCCACCAUGUCCCCCUCCUCCCUCCUCCUCGACGCCCUCCCGACGCCGUCCGACCGGGCCCACAUCGCCCGCUUGCUCAAUCCCUCCCACUCCCGGUCCCCCUCCAAGCCUAUCUACUCCGACAGGUUCAUCCCCUCCCGAUCCGGCUCCAACUUCGCCCUCUUCGGCCUCAACCCCUCCCCCAAGCCCGCCCCUGCCGACGGGAAGGACGAAAUAUCCUCCUCCUCCGCCGCCUACUCUGCCCUUCUGAGGGCCGCUCUCUUCGGGCCCGACACGCCCGAGCGAAAGGACGAACCUUUCUCCGCUUCCCGGAAUAUUUUCCGGUACAAGACCGAGACGAAGCGGCCACUCCAUUCUAUUAUGCCUUUCGGGUUCGAAGACGAGGAUCCGGCGGGUGGAGCCUCUCGCGGCCCAGCAAAGGCCCCAAGGAAGGUACCCAGGUCGCCAUACAAGGUUUUGGAUGCGCCGGCGUUGCAAGAUGACUUCUACCUGAACCUAGUGGACUGGUCUCCGCACAAUGUGCUUGCUGUUGGGUUAGGGAACUGCGUCUAUUUAUGGAAUGCUUGCAGCAGUAAGGUAACAAAGUUAUGCGACUUGGGCAUCGAUGAUAGUGUCUGUUCAGUGGGAUGGGCUCAGCGUGGAACACAUCUAGCCGUUGGAACCAGAAAUGGAAAACUCCAGUUAUGGGAUGCAUCUUGCUGCAAGAGAGUAAGGACCAUGGAAGGUCAUCGUCUGAGGGUUGGUGCCUUAGCUUGGAGUUCGUCUCUAUUGUCUUCAGGUAGUCGGGAUAAGAGCAUUCUCCAACGAGACAUGCGAGCUCAGGAUGACUUUGUCAGUAAACUCUCAGGACACAAGUCAGAGGUUUGUGGACUGAAAUGGUCUCAUGAUAACCGUGAACUAGCAUCAGGCGGGAAUGAUAACAGACUUUUUGUCUGGAAUCAACAUUCAACUCAGCCUGUUCUCAAGUAUAGCGAACACACAGCCGCUGUGAAAGCAAUUGCGUGGUCGCCUCAUCUUCAUGGUCUUCUUGCAUCAGGAGGUGGAACAGCAGAUCGCUGCAUUCGUUUCUGGAACACAUCCACAAACUCACAAUUGAGUUGCAUUGACACGGGAAGUCAGGUCUGCAAUCUUGUGUGGUCUAAAAAUGUAAACGAACUCGUUAGCACUCAUGGGUACUCCCAGAACCAGAUAAUAGUGUGGAGAUAUCCGUCAAUGUCAAAGUUGGCGACGCUUACCGGGCACACAUUCCGGGUUCUGUAUCUUGCAAUUUCACCUGAUGGACAGACAAUUGUGACAGGAGCUGGAGAUGAGACGCUCAGAUUUUGGAACGUGUUCCCAUCUCCAAAGUCGCAGAACACUAACAGCGAGAUCGGAUCAUCGUUCCUCGGAAGGACCGUGAUUCGGUGAUUACUGGGCUUUCUCAUUGCUCUUCUGGAUGUUCUCCUUUUGCUGUAUCACGGUCCAGAUUCGAAGAAUGCGCUAUUAUAUUUUACAGCUUGUAAAAUUAUGGGACUGAAGAACUGAAAGCCGCCUGGUAAGUUUUGGACUCCCUUUUCCCACUGAUAUAUUCAGAGAUGUGAGGUGAUAUCAUCAACCAUGCCGAAGAUGUGAAUAGAAGAAGAGAGUUCCAUCUCUCUCAAUUGGUCUUAUUUAGCCAAGAUUUGAUGAUUUUUUCAAGCAAUCAUUCUUCAUUUUGAUAUGUGUAUCCAGUAGAAUCCGGGAUAGCAUUGUAAAUUCUGAAUGAUGAUGACGCAUUCUUACUCUUCCCACCUUAGUCCGUCUUUCCACUGCUGGGAUUCAGAUUCUGCAGCAUAGCUUAUCUCUCUCUUUAUCAAUGAUAUGUAUCUCUUGUGGGCUAUUAGCAGUCAUGAAUGCCAAACUUUGAGCAUGUAAUUGAUACUCCGGGCUAAAGAUGGAACCCGGAACUGAAGUGCUAGUA